AACCAAAGCCUUGCUCCUGCCUGCCCAAGACCAAGGAAAAAAAGCGAGAGAAAACACACCCCUGAAAACAAACCAAAAAUCCCCAAUCCAUGAAGCCCACCACUUCCGCCGCCGCCGCCGCGGCGGUCACCGCCGAUGACCCUUCCCCUUCGCCGUCCGACUCCACGUCGGCGACUUUCACCGUCAACCGCCGCGGGGACGCCUCCGCCUCCUGCCGGUGGACCCUCCCGGACUUUCCCCGCACCCGCGCCCGUACCUUCUACAGCCGCUACUUCGAGGUCGGCGGCUUCGACUGCCGCCUCCUCCUCUACCCGCGCGGCGACUCGCAGGCGCUGCCGGGGUACUUCUCCCUCUACCUCCAGGUCCUCGACCCCAAAACCCCGGUGUCGUCGUCGUCCUCCACCACGACCACCACCUCCUCAAAAUGGGACUGUUUCCUCAGCUAUCGCCUCUCCGUCGUCCAUCCGACCGAUCCCGCCAAGUCGUUGGGGCGCGAUUCAUGGCACCGAUUCUCCUCCAAGAAGCGCUCCCACGGCUGGUGCGACUUUGCGCCCUCCUCGGCCGCCGCCUUCCUCUUCCAGCCCCACGACGCGCUCGUCAUUGCCGCCGACAUAUCGGUCCUCUCCGAGACGGCCUCCUUUGCCGAUUCUGACGGCCGCUUCACCUGGAAGGUACUCAAUUUCGGCAUCUUCCGGGAUAUGAUCCGCACGCAGAAGAUCAUGAGCCCAGCAUUCUUCCCUGCUGCUGCCUCUGCCAGCGGGAGUGACUGCGGGCUCCGGAUUAGUAUCUACCAGAGCAAUGUCUCUGGUGCAGACCAUUUGUCAGUUUGUCUGGAAAGCAAGGAGCCUGCUGUUCAGGUUGCAUCUGGGUCAUCGGCAUCGGCUUUGCCACCAAGCGGUGCAGGGAGUGGUGUGCCAGAUGGUGAUCGUGGCUGCUGGUGUCUUUUCCGCAUUUCGAUCCUUAAUCAGAGGUCUGGUGGGAGCCAUAUCCACAAGGACUCGUAUGGUCGGUUUGGGGCGGACAAUGCCAGCCUUGGGUGGUGCGAUUACAUCAAAAUGGAUGAGUUUCUGGCUGCUGAUAGCGGAUACCUUGUUGAUGGAGCUGUGGUGUUCAGUGCCUCAGUGCAUGUGAUAAAGGAGUCAAACUCAUUCACUCGUAGCUUGCCCAUGGUUCUGGGAAUAGGUGGCGCUGGUGGUGGGCGUGCUGGAGCAAGGAAGUCAGAUGGACACUUUGGGAAGUUUGUGUGGAGAAUUGAGAACUUCACAAGACUCAAGGAGCUUCUCAAGAAGCGCAAGAUCACAGGUCUAUGUAUCAAAAGCAGACGGUUCCAAGUCGGGAAUCGAGAUUGCCGUCUUAUUGUUUAUCCACGGGGGCAGUCUCAACCACCAUGCCACCUAUCAGUAUUUCUGGAAGUGACCGAUCCCCAAAAUACAACUAGUGAGUGGAGCUGCUUUGUGAGCCAUCGUCUCUCUGUCAUCAACCAGAAAGUGGAGGAGAAGUCGAUCAUGAAAGAGUCUCAGAAUCGUUACUCUAAGUCAGCGAAGGAUUGGGGCUGGUGUGAAUUUGUGACAUUAACAAGCCUCUUUGAUCAGGAUGCAGGUUUUCUUGUACAGGAUACCGUUGUGUUUUCAGCAGAGGUUCUCAUUCUGAAGGAGACAGCAACUAUGCAAGAGCUAAUCGAUGAAGAUUCUGAAAUAUGCUGUUCAACUUCUGGAUGUCAGAUUGAAGCUUCACCAAAGCGUCCAUCAUUUACAUGGAAAGUGGAAAAUUUCUUGUCCUUUAAGGAGAUUAUGGAGUCCAGAAAGAUAUUUAGUAAUUUUUUUCAGGCUGGGGGUUGUGAGCUGCGGAUAGGUGUAUAUGAGUCGUUUGAUACGAUAUGCAUAUACUUGGAGAGUGAUCAGUCGUCUGUGUAUGAUCCUGAUAAGAACUUCUGGGUGCACUAUAAGAUGGCUAUAGUUAAUCAGAAGGAUUCUGCAAAAACUGUGUGCAAGGAAUCUUCAAUCUGCACGAAAACAUGGAACAAUUCAGUUCUCCAGUUUAUGAAGAUUUCAGACAUGCUUGAUACUGAUGCUGGUUUUCUUGUUCGGGACACUGUUAUCUUUACUUGUGAAAUCAUAGACUGCUGCCCAUGGUUUGAUUUCUCUGAUCUUGAGGUUUGGGCUUCAGAUGAUGACCAGGAUGAACUGACGACAGAUCCUGAUGAACUUGUUGAUUCUGAAGAUAGCGAAGAUAUGAGUGGCGAUGAGGAAGAUAUGUUCCGGAACCUCCUCUCAAGAGCUGGAUUUUCUCUUACAUAUGGAGAUAAUUAUACUCAACCACAAGUUACUUUAAGAGAGAAAAUUCUAACAGAUGCUAGUGCGAUUGCUGGGUUCCUAACUGGCCUGCGUGUUUAUCUGGAUAACCCAGCAAAAGUUAAGCGUAUGCUUCUUCCGACCAAAGUAUCCACCAAGAGUGGUGGAAAGAAAGAUGCUUCAAAGUGUGAUUCAAGCUCCACAAGUCUCAUUAGUCUGCUGAUGGGGGUUAGUGCCUUGAAGCAGGCUAUCAUAGAUUUGCUUCUAGAUAUAAUGGUUGAGUGUUGCCAGCCUUCAGAAGAAAGUGGUUCCUCAGCAAGCACAAAACCUUCUCCUGAUUCAAAUGGGGCCAGCUCUCCACCAGAGCUUAAUGUUGAAGGUGAACUAACAAUAUGUGCAUGCAGUAAUGUUUAUGCGAUCACGGAACCUAAUAGUGAUGGUAUUCGAGAUAGUCCUUCAAUGCAAGAUGCAGCUUUGGCCACAAAGGAGGUUGCUGCAAAUAAUCUAGAACAUUUCUGUUUUCCUCCGGAAACAUCCGCUACUGAUUUGCCAGCAGAUGAAGGCCCUGAACAGGCUUCCAGGUCAAAAUGGCCAGAGCAAUCAGAGGAACUGUUAGGGUUGAUUGUUAAUUCAUUGAGGGCAUUGGACAGCGAGGUUCCACAUGGAUGCCCUGAACCACGGAGGCGCCCUCAAGCUGUCCAGAAGAUUGCACUUGUCCUAGAGAAAGCUCCAAAACAGCUCCAGCAAGAUUUGAUUACCCUUGUACCAAAGUUAGUGGAUGGUUCAGAACACUCGCUUGCAGCUUGUGCACUGUUGGAUCAUCUUCAAAAGUCGGACGCAGAGCCUUCAUUGAGAUUACCAGUUUUUGGUGCCCUUUCGGAGUUAGAAUUUGAAAGUGAUAUCUGGAAACAAGCAUCGGUUCAUGCACUUGAAUUGUUGUCUGACUCAAAUGAUGAGCCUCUUGUAACUGCCAUUACUUAUGUUCUUAAGGCGGCAUCAAAUUGUCAGCAUCUUUCUCUGGCAGUAUGUUUACCAUGCUUCCUGAGUUUCUAUUUGUUCAGCAUCUUCUUACUUUUUAUAUUAGUAACUUAUUGUUUUUAUUUUCCAAAGGUUAGAGCCAUUCGAUGGAGAUUGAACGAUCUAGGAACUGAAGUUCCACAUUGUGUGCUUGACUAUUUGUCUAAAACAAUUAAAAGCCAGCCAGAUGUAGCUGAAGCUAUAUUGAAGGAUAUUGAUUCGGAUUCUGAGCCUGAAAACAAUUGUCUGUCAUCAACAUCAUCUUGUAGUACUUGUUCUACAGAUGGGCUCUCAGCUGAAGGAAUGUAUUCUUGGCAAGAGCAAGCUGUGCAUGGAAGAAAUCAUCUAUCAGAUGUUUUUGCGCUGAUAGAAAUGUUAUCAAUACCUGGAUUAUUUGUUGAAGUUGCACAGGUUUUUGAGAGGGCGUUAUUGCGAGGGGCCUUUGGUCUACAAUUAGUUGCCAUGGUGCUGGAAAGAAGACACUCUUACACAUCAAGUUCAAAGUCUGGGUCUGUUGUGAAUGAUUCAAAGAACAAACAAGUUCUGUUAGAUGGGCAGUUUGAACCAUUGUCUGUCCAAGAAAAUGAUUUCACUUCAGUCCUUGCACUUGGUGAGGUAUUAUCUCUAUCUACAGAAACGAAGGUUCAAGACUUUGUGCGGAUGCUUUAUGCUAUCAUAUUUAAGAUCUAUUCUGAGGAUCAUUAUAGAUAUAGAAUUCUGAAGGGCCUAGUUGAACGAGCAACAAAUACAUCAGAUAACUGCCGCGCAGUUGACAUCGAUAUGGAUGUCUUGGUAUUUCUUGUAAAGGAGUAUGGGAUUGCAAGACCUGUUUUGAACAUGUUGCGUGAGGUCGCUGAAGUUGCUCAGGCUGACCGUUCAAAUCUUUGGCACCAAAUAUGUGCUACUGAAGAUGAAAAUAUUCGUCUUCGAGAGGACAUGGAAAUGGAACAAAUGAAUUUCACCAACGAAAAGGUUGCACUAAACCAACAGCUAACUGAAUCAGAGGCAACUAUCAGCCAUCUAAAGUCUGAGCUAAAAGCUGAGAGGGAUCGUUUUACUCGUGAGAAGAAGGCACUGUCUGAUCAGAUGCGGGAGAUUGAGAAUCAGUUAGAAUGGGUGCGAUCAGAGAAAGAUGAGCAAAUCGCAAAGCUCUCUGCUGAAAAGAAGAAUCUCCAAGUUCGUCUUAGUGAUGCAGAGUCACAACUGUCCAUGGUGAAAGCACAGAAACGCGAAGAAUUGAAGAAAGUGACAAAGGAGAAAAAUACAUUAGCAGAACGGUUGAAGAAUGCUGAAGCUUCAAGGAUAAGGUUCGAUGAUGAAUUAAAAUGUUAUGCAGCUGAAACACAGACUCGUGAAGAGAUUCGAAAAUCACUUGAGAAUGAAGUGAGAAAGCUGACACAGACGGUUGGGCAAACCGAGGGAGAAAAAAAGGAAAAAGAAGAGCAAAUUAGUCGUUGUGAAGCUUACAUUGAUGGGAUGCAGUCGAAACUGCAAGUUUGCCAGCAAUACAUUCGGACUCUUGAAAGUUCACUCCAAGAAGAGAUGGCUCGGCAUGCUCCACUCUAUGGUGUCGGUGUCGAAUCAUUGUCAUUUGACGAGCUUGAGGCGCUUGCAAACAUCCACGAGCAGAGUUUAAGACAGAUCAAAGCGAUCCAGCAAAGGAAAGGUAGCAACCAUCUCUUGGGUGGCCCCUCCCUCUCGCACAUCCCCGGCUUGUUCUCCUCGCCACCGUCUCCUUCAAUGGCAGUUGGCCCACCGUCCUCGCGCAAUCCCACAUCCCCGUUCGCACACAACAGUGCAGGAAUCCACGGGAAUGGGCACGUGAACGGCCGCGGGGGCCGCUGGUUCAAUCCGACCUGAGGAGCAGACUCGGUCGGAAGUGGGCGAAAAAAUGUGUCCAUUUUUUGCAUUUGAUUCAACGGGCCACAUUUACCUGGGCGUGGCAAGCCAACGCGAUAGCCUUUUUGUUACUGGCCUUCCGUCAGGCUUUCUCCUUGCACUUACUUGGUAGUGCCGUCGGCUUGAUGUCGCAUGAGCACAAAGGGCGUCAGCAUCAAAUAAUGUAUGUAACCGAUGGAAAUAUCAUGUGCGAGUGGAGAGCUAAGGGAAUGGUUGUGCUUGUUAAGGGAAGGUGCCAUUCGAGGUUUAUUUCGUCAUUUUACUUCGCCUGCCUACUAAGGUCCUCAACUGUUUCUGGUUUUUUGCCUAA